AUGUCUGGUACGGUGACCGAUCCCGACUCAGCGGGUAUUGGGGAGCAGUCGACAGACACCACAACGCCGCCAUCCACGCCGCCGCACCAUUCUCUCGAGACUGAGCCAAUCUCUGAAUCGCCUGGGCAACGUCGCCUGUUUUCGCCACAGACAUGGCCCAAAGACUAUCGAACGACGACGUUGUUUGAGACGCGGCAACAAGUCAUUGAAGAACCAGACGAGACCCUAGUCACGCAGUUAGCUCGACGAACCAAUCCAAUCAUCCACCCGGGCAUCCCUGUGGUCGGCAUCAGAGACGCAAGUGAGGCCAACGACUUUACGCCGCAAGACACGAUUCGAUAUCUGUCUCUCAGGCCAACCACCACCAUCAUCUCCGAUGGAGGAAACCAACAAUAUCAAGAAACAAAACCCCCGAGACCUACAAGACAAGAUGAGCCCGGAAACACCGGAUCGACACUCGAAUCACCCACUCCGAAUCUCAACGCUCAAGACUCCGAAUCUCGACGACGCUCUUCUAUUGACACCAGAUACAAGCUUCAAAUACAACUGCGGGUUGCAUGUCAGCAGGUCGAGAACCCAAUGGAAAGAGGCAACCCAAAAACGUUUCUUCCCAAAGUGGAUCUGGAACGUAUCAUCAAUCCAGAAUCCGUCGUCCAAGAGCUGGCAGAGCGGCGGCAGUGUAGCCUCGACGAUGUCCAACUGUGUCAGCAAGCCGAAGCUGUAUGCAAUGAACAACACGUUGACCUUGGCGGAGGGAAGCAUCGUACUCGUUCGUUCCGGUCAGUGUUCGCCAUCUUGGUCCUCAUUGGGAAGUCAAACAGCAUCGGUAUGUUCAUGAAGGAGAACGUCAGUGACCUCGAUCUGCCUCUGAAGACUCGGGAUGACCCGAGUAGACCCGAGUGUUAUGAUUUGUAUCGAAAGAACUCCGAAGGAAACCCCCAUGUCAUGCCGUUGGACUGCUCGAAUGAUUGGAGCCCAGGAGAAAGAGAACAAUUCUAUCAGCAGCAGUGGAAAAUGCUGGCGCCAUUCUUCUUUCUCUCGGCCUACAACCACGUCAAUCACUAUCCGUUGACAGAGGAACAUCUACCUUUCAUCAAAUGCCAGAAUGACUAUCUAGGUUAUGUCCAUCGGAGCACCGACGACGGACAAUCACAGGAUGGAGAGAUUCGAGGAGGUACCUCGCAAGUCUACAUGGUCUGGAUACACCCUGAUCAUCACAAUUUCCAUCAAAACAACCGCCACAUGCUAGAUCCGGGCCGCGGGUUUGCAAUCAAAAAGCUGGAAGACGAAAACCGCGUUAAGUUUGACCGAGAAAUCGAGAUGUUGAAGAAGUUUACGGGACGCGGCUUCCACCCUCAUGUCGUCUCCAUCCUGGCAACAUAUUCGCGAUUUGGGAAAUACCAUCUCAUCUUCAAUCGAGCGGAUGGGGAUCUCUUCGACUAUUGGAAAGCCGUGUAUAAAGUUCCAGAGUUUGACUACGAUACCGUUCUCUGGGUGUCAAAGCAAUUGGCGGGACUGGCAAGUGGAUUGCUCCGCUUCCACAGGCAUCACACGAAUUCAAAGAAGGCUUCAAAAGAGCCUGCACGAGCUGAAAACAAUGGCAACGGGGGAGGGGUAUGUUACCAGGACCAGGGGCUAUCAGAGAUGCAGAAAAGCCGCCUUCCUAGCAAGCCGCCUCAACCUCUUCAGGCCCAUGAUGCGGAGAUCCGCGAUUCUCAGUGGCAUACGCAAUUCGGCCGUCAUGGGGACCUCAAGCCCGAGAACAUACUCUGGUUCCCAGACGUGAAAGACAAGAGAGGGAUUCUCAAGAUCACAGACUUUGGGCAGGCUGAACUUCACUCGAAGACAAGCAAAACGUACAGACGCAGCAAGGGAUUCGACACUUUGACGUACCGGUCCCCGGAGUGCGACACACCGCCCCAGCUCAUCCGGCAGUCCAGCGAUAUAUGGUCCCUGGGAUGCAUAUUGCUCGAGUUCAUGACCUGGAUGCUUGGGGGCGCAGAGUACCUGGACGACUUCAAGAGGAGCCGGUUGCUUCUUGACCUUCACGUCAAUCCUAUCAAAACCGACAUUUUCUGGGAACGUGUGCCGCUCGGAACGCUCGACCAUGUGGGCACUCGGUUGAAACCGGCCGUCUCAAAGCAUAUUGAGGAACUGCGUUCCCACCAAAAUUGCUCGCCGUAUGUUCAAGAUGUUCUCGAUCUCGUCGUGGACAUGCUUGUGAUUGAACCAAGCCAUAGUUAUGACAACCAGGCCCGGCGCAAGACCUGUGCAGAAGUUAUGGUUUGCUUGAAGAAACUCUUCGAGAAGUGCCAAAAGCCUGAUACUGGUGUUUCAUACGCUAUUGGUGUCCCAAAGGGAUAA